GGACCCCGGCCCACACUCCCGCGCGACGCCGCCUGCACACCACCGACCGGAAACCAGGGGCUGGCCCGCGCGGGCCGGCCAAUCAGCGCGCAAGGCUCAUUAAUAGUGAACGCACCGGCCCCGCCCCCUGCCUCUCGCGGCGCCGCCCGCCCGCGCAGACCCAGAGCGCGGCCGCGGACGAAGAUGGCGACCGCCAUGUACUUGGAGCACUACCUAGACAGUAUCGAGAACCUUCCCUGUGAACUUCAGAGGAACUUCCAGCUGAUGCGAGAGCUGGACCAGAGGACAGAAGACAAGAAGGCAGAGAUCGAUGUGCUGGCUGCGGAGUAUGUCUCCACGGUGAAGACACUGUCCCCCGAGCAGCGCGUGGCACACCUGCAGCGCAUCCAGGGUGCCUACAGCAGGUGCAAGGAGUACAGCGAUGACAAGGUGCAGCUGGCCAUGCAGACCUACGAGAUGGUGGACAAGCACAUUCGAAGGCUCGACGCAGACCUGGCGCGCUUUGAAGCGGAUCUCAAGGACAAGAUGGAGGGCAGUGACUUUGAAAGCUCUGGAGGAAGAGGGUUAAAAAAAGGUCGAGGUCAGAAAGAAAAGAGGGGCUCCCGGGGCCGAGGCCGCAGGGCCUCAGAAGAAGACACCCCAAAGAAGAAGAAGCACAAAGGAGGGUCCGAAUUCACCGACACCAUCCUGUCUGUGCAUCCCUCCGACGUGCUGGACAUGCCCGUGGACCCAAACGAGCCCACCUACUGCCUGUGCCACCAGGUGUCCUAUGGGGAGAUGAUAGGCUGUGAUAAUCCGGAUUGUCCCAUCGAGUGGUUUCACUUCGCCUGUGUGGACCUGACCACGAAACCCAAAGGAAAAUGGUUCUGUCCCCGGUGUGUUCAGGAAAGGAGGAAGAAGAAGUAAGGAAGAGGCUGACGCCUGGGCCAGAAGAGCAAGUUAACACACUCCUUCAUUCAUGUUGCAAUAUUUUAUCUUCAUUUUAAAACUACCUUCUUUUGAAUGACAUUUAAUAACUCAAUGGCCAGUUGUAAUUCUGGAUACUUCCUAAAACAAACAAGAACCCACCUGAGCCCUGUUUGCACAGAGGAGUGAUCUUAUCAGGACUUGCCACAGUGACUUUAUUGUUGUGACUUUUCGUACAGACCCUGCACUGAGCGCGGCAGUCCCACGAGCCGCCUGAGGGACUCCACGGGUAUGUGCGUGGGGAGUGCUGGGUGCGCUGGGACGUCCAGCCUGGUGCAUACACUGCCAUCAUUUGGCAGCUAGGGGUGCAAGCCUCGCGUGGUCCGUAUUCCCUGGGCUGCUCCCCGAGAGCCCAGCACCACUGUAAGCGCGUCUGCAUCUGUCCACACCAGGGCGCGGUGCCUGCGGGCACCCUCCGGCCUUAGCCCUGCCCUCGAUGUCUGGACUCCCCUUUCCCUCCCGAGGGUUUUGCCUUCUGGGUGAACGCUCUGGAUUGGCGAUGGCCGUCUGUACGACAACCAGCACCAAUAAGAGCCGGCGUGACGGGCGGGCUGAUGGCUCCAUUUCUCUGGGAUUCCAGACAUUUUUACUGUGAAGAUGAAGUUGUUGUAAUAGCAUGAAGAUAGUGGGUCUAGUCUGCUCAGAGGUGAUCUAAAGCUGUUUGUGUUGCGCCCUUUUUGGUAAUAGUUGGAUACAUUGCAUACAUUUGGGGUGUUAGGAUUCACUUGUGAUGGUGCCUCUGGUGCGACUGCCAGGAGCGCCUCUGGACUCUGCGAGACCCCCAUGAUUUGGAGAUGUCAGAAUUCCUGAAGAAAGAUGUGAACUCUCUGUCUUCAUGUCAGAAAAGGAAACCCACGAGAUGGAAUCAAGAUGUGAAAUGCCCAGAAGAAUCUUGUUCUCUUUGUGAGGAGGGACAUCUGGAGUGAGCCACCUGCUUCCUUCUGAUGGCCUCGUUCACUGUAUCCUUCCUCCCACUGUCUCAUCUCUCACCCGGGAGAGGAACUCGUGAAGCUGUGUCCCAGACAGGCUGCCCCGCAAAUGAGUUAACGUUCGGCAACGACAGCGGGAUGGCAGAGGGCAGCCGGGGUCCGGCUGGAACACGUGUCUGUGGUUCUCAGUGGAACUUAGCCUGCACUGGACGUGUCCAGUCUGCUGUCCUUUCUGGAGUGAGCCCAGGGAGUGGGACUUGUUCCCAAAUGACUGGGAGUGGGUGGGGGGUGGGGGUUCAGUUCAGCAUGUGGGACCCUUCCAGUCUUGGGCUGGGGGGUUAGGGUAGGGGCUCAGCAACUGCUAUGGCCUGUCCCUGGUGGGUCCCCAGGCCUGACGAGCGUUUUCACAACCGAUGCCUUCCUGCUGCUCAGGAAGGAGGGAUGGGGGCGGCCUCAGAAUGAGCACCAUCCCGCACACCCUGUCUCAGCCACACUGGAAACGAGGCAUGCUGGUAUUUAGUAAUUUAGUUCUAUUUUAACACAGGUGUUCAGAGAUUGUGGGGAAUUAAUUGUGGAAAAUGUUUUCUUCCCUCUUUAACCAGUUUUUGUGGAGAGGAUAGGUAAGUAUAGUAAGUUUGUGAUUCUGUAGAAGCUGAUUUAAUAUUUACACUUCAUCUAUGAAUACUUCACACCCGCUGUCACCACAGAAAAAGUGGUAUUUGUGGAUGUAGGUUCGUGGCUGGUUAGUCUGAUUGUCAUCUGGUUUCCCGAGGCCUCACUCAUUUCCCGGGAAAGAUGGCUGACUUCUGUGACUUAGGCUUUUGUUUAAAGUUCAGUGUCAUCCUCCUUGUCACUGUAACAUCCCGUGUGUUGACCUUUUUUAAGUUUCUGUGCUUGUCUGUUUCUAGUGUUUACUUUUGCCAGUUAUAACAAUAUCACCGAAAUAACACGUGUGUGGCUCUGAAGGAGACGGAAACCAUGAGCAGAAUAGAAGGUCUCCUUGGACACUAUUUGCAUGAUGACCGAAUGCCUUCCUGACUAUUAAUACUGUCUUAAGAAUCAGGAUGUACCACUUGGCCUGGCUUCAGCCCGGGGGGAUAGCUGGUGCCCACACUGCUCACACCACCUGAGCAUUGUUCCACACGGCCUGGCCGCCCUGUCCGGUGGGUGAUUCAUGCCAGACUCUGUCCGUGCUCCCAGGCCCCACACCUGACCCUGGGGCAGAUGUGGACCCAACCUCGUCCCUCAGGUUGAGGGGGUCAGGGUCGGCCCAGUAGUCCCCCAGGCAGCCAUCUGAGCCCAGGCUGCGGGCCCUCUGUGGCUGUGGGCUUGUAAGAGAAGUAUCUUGUUCCGAGGACAUGCAGAACCAUUUCCCUUGUCCUCAGUGCUAUGUCAUCAGCCUCCAGUUCUCCAACAGGACACAUGCUGUUAGCUGAGCCCCCUGCAUCUGUGGCUGUGCUAGUGGAGCUAUUGGCUGGGCGGAGGCCUGAGUGACUGUCCCCACUAUGUAGGCUGGGGUCCCCGGGCAGGUGGAUGAGACUGGUACAGGCCAGGGCCAGGAGAGCCGGUGGCUUCUGGUCUGCCCGGGGCAGCAAAUGCCUGACACAGCCGUGUGAACCUCUAACAGUGGGGCGUGCUGGGAUGCAUGGGCACAAAGACAGCCGUGUCAGUGCCGUUCCAGACGGCUGCACUGCACUUGGCCUCCUCCCUGUCCCGCGGCAGAGGCUGCUUCAAGCAAUAACGUCCACAGAGCAGCCUCCCCACGCGCCACAGCCAGGGCCUGCCCCAUCAUAGGACACUUCUGGGCAUUGCAGAGCUAAGGUUUCCUCAAUUUUUAGUGACUAGCAAUUGGUCAUUACCUGUCCUGAGAGGAAUUUUAAAAUGGGAAGUCUAAGAAAAAUGUCCUCAUUCAGGAGGCAGUUCUAUGAAGUUUCUUCCUAUGUAUGUAUUUUGUGGUGUUCACCUUUACCACAUUUCAUCCAAAAAGAUGAUGCAGCUUUAACAUGAAUGUUACAUUUUAUUUUCAAGGAAUUAUUAUCUAUGUUUCCUUUGUAAAGGAAAGAUAAUAUUGUAAAUCUUUUUAUUAAAUAAUGUAAAGAUGUAUAUCUGUAUUUUUGGAUCAUGUUAUAGAUAAUGGAUAUAUUGUUUAAUAAAGAAAGUAUUUUUUGGAACAAACACUAGAGAAUG